AGCGAGGAAAGACGUGCAAAAUGAGCUCGGUCUACUGCUGGCUUCUCGAGUUUUCAAUAAUUUUAACAUCGAUUAUUAAUUCGGGGAAAUCGCAAAACUAUUUGUAUAAUGGAUAUGUACCACCUUGGACUGGGUCAGCAUCACAUCCUGCCCAGGUUUCGAUUGACGGCUAUGGUAAUUGCCAGGCAUACGAUCGCCCCUUGGCUGGACGAUGUGUCAGGUAUGGAGACUGCAUCAGUGCCCUACGGUCUGUUCCUCAGGUGACGCCUCUAUUCUGCCCUUCGCCGUGGCCCGAGCAACUGGUAUGCUGCCCACACGGAGGCUAUGUGAUGCAGACGCCCAGACUUCGUAAAAGCGAGGAAGCCUGCUUGAACGCUUAUCCAAGGGGACACCAUAAGCGUCGUCGUCGUCGCCGCCAGACUAAUAAUUCUAAUCAAGACCAAUUGGAGGUAGUUGAGCCAACUAUCCAGCGACGCAAUCAAAGCGAAAACCUCUUGGUCGGUGGUAGACUCACCCUGGCAAAUGAGUAUCCGUAUAUGUGUGCCCUGGGCUGGCCGUCUCGCACCGAUAGAUGGAUUCAAGGGCCGAAAUUCGCUCGCCGCAGGUACACCUUCAACUGUGGCUGCGUCAUGAUUUCGGCACGGUUCGCUCUAACGGCCGCCCACUGUGCCAACGUCGGCGGGGAAGCCCCUUCAGUGGCGUUGAUUGGAGGCGUUGACUUGAACAGCUCUCGGGGCCAGCUUAUAGAAAUCAGACACAUAACCAAGCACCCGCACUUCGACGAGGAGAGCCUAGCCAACGACCUGGCCGUGGUCAAGCUGGCGAGGAGGUCCCACUCGAAUGUGGCCUGUCUAUGGAACCAUGAUUCUGUGCCAGAAAGCCCGUUGACUGCCCUGGGGUAUGGACAAACCAAGUUUGCUGGUCCACAUUCCAAUGAGCUAUUGCAAGUGAUGCUUUAUCCCUUGGACAUCCAGCAAUGCCAAAGAUAUAUGCAAUACGAUGACAAGCUUAAGAAUGGACUAGGACCUGGUCAUCUCUGUGCAGGAGAUUACUCGGGCAACAUGGACACUUGUCAGGGCGAUUCUGGGGGACCCUUGCUAUAUCAUCAACAUUUGCGUCACAACCAUCACAUUCGGAUACCUUAUGUGGUGGGUAUAACUUCCUUCGGAGGAGCAUGCGCCACUGGACAGCCCGGAGUUUAUGUGCGGAUCGAGCACUACCUUCAGUGGAUAGAAGAACAGGUGUGGUCAUAAACCAGUACUUAGAAAUAUAUGUAUUAAAAUAGUUAUUAAUAUUAAGCAUUUGCGAUUUCAUUAAUGUUUUAGCAUAUUUCAGUACAUUAUUCUUUAACAAAAUAAAAUGUUUUACAAGUUUAAAGUAUUAAUAUAUAACCUUAGAGGAAUAAUUUCAUUUAUAAGGGCUUAAAGAAAAAGUUUUUUUCUAAAUUAAAUUACUUCUUUUAAAUACCAAUUAAAUACAUAUUUUUAAUUAAG